AACAGCUCAGGUACUCCACACCGCGAAAUACAUUACUUUUCCCAAACUCAACAACGAUCCUACGUAUCCAAGUCGUACAGGAUGGCUGCAGCCGUCUUCGAUCCUGCUUCCUCAACGAGCGCAUUUCGCGCAUCCCGAUCAACAAGCAAUGCCAUCUCCAUGGCGGACAAUCUCCCUAGCGUGGACUUCAAGUUCGAUGAGCUGCGAGAGCGCAUGGCGCGCUUUACCGUCCGAUUCGACGACUUUAUCGAGCGGGGUAGAAAAAGAGUUCUCGAAGAGCGCAAUCAGUUCCGAAUGAAUGUUGCGGAAAUGCAAGAGGACCACCGAAUCAAGAACCGAGAUGUUGAGAUCCUCCAGUUGAAAACGACAAGCCACGUCCAAUCCGUCGCCAAAGAGUCGCAAGAAACGAACGAGAUGCACAGCGCCAUCACCUCCCUCACCACCCAGCGGGACGAGCACGCCACCCAUCGAGACGCGCUACUGGCACACAUCUCAUCCGUCCAGGCUACCAUUGCAUCACGAAAGGCCGCCCAACAAGCCCACGCGCGUCAUCUGUCACAGCAAGCGCGAUUUAAUGUCCCCGAGUUGGAUUUCUGGGAAAACAAUCUGUGCAUGCGCAUUGAGGGAGCCGGAGCCGUGGACCGACUGAAGUUUGUGUUUACACAUGUGUGCGAGACAGACUGGGAGAGGGAAGCGUGGUUCGAGCUGGGGACCGGUUCACGAGAUUACCAAGUGUUCUCGGCGAGGCCAAAAUUGGAGAGAGAGGAUAUCGAGAGGUGUGUGGAGAAACUGAAUGAGAGCAGGGAUUUGGCUCCGUUUCUAAAGGGGAUGCGGGAACUAUUUAUAAGGGUGAUGAAGUGAUGAUGACGAAAGGAAGUUCUUUUUGCAAGGUGUUCUACGGAUGAUCCAUGGUAUUGUUACAUUGGGAGAUGCCUAAGUUUGAUCGACUUCUCUUGGCGUCCUCUUCCUAUUUGGAGAUUUGAUAAAACUGCGGCGCAUACUCUAUCAAC